ACGCACGCCGUGCCCGCAGGUCUCCGUCUCCGGCCUUCUCCUCACCUCAUCUCGAGUCUCGCAGCUCGACUCGGCCGCGCGCCAAUGGCCUUGCUGCGCGAGCACCUCGACCUCAUCCGCGCCCACCUCCUCGACGACCGCCACGACCACGACGACGCCGUCAGCUCCGAGGACUACUCGGCGUCGUCGCCCUCGCCCUCGCCGCCGGCCGGGCGGAGGCCGCUGCCGGCGCUCUCCGUCGCGCUGCCCCCGAGGUCGGCGGUCGCCCUGCAGCAGCAGCAGCAGCUGUGGGCGGCGCCUCCGCCGCCGCAGAUCAUUCACCAGCAGGAGCAGAGCUGCUACUGCCCGGAAGCCGAGGAGGACGACUUCCGGCGGUACCGCGGCGUGCGGCAGCGGCCGUGGGGCAAGUACGCGGCGGAGAUCCGGGACCCGGCGCGGAAGGGCGCGCGCGUGUGGCUGGGCACCUACGACACCGCCGUGGAGGCCGCGCGCGCCUAUGACCGCGCCGCGUUCCGCCUGCGCGGCUCCAAGGCCAUCCUCAACUUCCCCAACGAGGUCGCCUUCGGCACCGCCGCCCGGUGGGGGCCGCCGCCGCCUCCUGCCGCCGCUCCCUGCUAUCCCACCGCCGCCUCUGGUAGCAAGAGGGCGAGGUCGCCGGAGCGGGCGCUGCAAGAACAGGGCGCGGGGUGCAUGGUGAUCAGGGAGGUGAAGAGGGAGCGGGUGCAGGAGCCCGCCGCGAGCUGCGGUUGGGACGGCGGCGUGGCCGUGGCGCCGACGGCAGCGAGCGGAGUCGCGGACUUCUUCUGGGAGGAGGAGGAGCUGCUCAAGGGGACGAUCUGCAGCCUGCCGCCGCUCUCGCCGCUGUCGCCGUACCCGCAGCUGGCCUUCCCGCAGGUCUCCGUCAGCUGACACAUCGAAGCAUGCGGCUGAUCCAUCAUCGUCCAUCUGUGCCUAAGCAUGGCGAAGGGUGCUUGGUCUCUUAAUGAACUGAUGAGUUAGUGUUAAUCCACUUUGAAAAGUUCUUUGACAUGUUACCAGCUACCAGGAGUAUAACUCCACCAAAUAUUCUUUCGUUCGUUGUCUAUUCAAGUACCUUAAUCCAAACGAUAAGUAAAUUAAUGUUCUUCGCGGAGG